AUGGCGUCUAUUGGGACCGUUCAAAAUGCGGUGGACAGUUGUAUAAUUCUUCGCGGUAGAAACCGUCAUCGACCCAUGAUUCCUACACUUGCAUACAGACCAAGAAAAUCUUUUGAUGCUGGGGGUUUGACUAAUUGCCAUACUGCUGGAUUUUCAAGAAAUUUGAGUGAAGAUAAUACGGGGAGAUUGUCAUUGUGUUGUGGCAGCGUGGGAUGGAGGUCGAGGAUAAAGUUCGUACAAGCGACAGGGAAGGGAUCAGAGGAAGCUGAGAGUGGUGAUGAACAAGAUGAUGCUUUACAGGCCACAAUUGAAAAGAGCAAGAAGGUUCUGGCCAUGCAAAAAGACUUAUUAAAACAGAUUGCAGAAAGGAAAAAAUUAGUCUCAUCAAUAAAAAGUAGUAUUAUUGAUCCAGAAAGCGAUGAAUUGCCUUAUGAGGAGCGCAGUGGAAGUUUUUCAAGUAUUGGUAUUGCAACAGCUGAAGGUGACAAGAUCAGUGAAGACCUUGAUAAUGAAAGAUUCUCCACUAGCGGCAUCCACUCUGACUCAGCUGUUCAUGAUGUGAAUGAAAACACAGCUUCAGCUUCCAGUGAAUAUUCAUUUGCCAAUAUGACAGAACCUGGAAAAGACCUGCGUCAUAAUGACAAACCACAGUUGAAAGCCACUAUUUCAGAGUCAGUUCAGUCUCAGGAAGUGCCAUCAGUUCCUCUGAGAUCGGCUGUCACGCCCAGUCCAGAGCCUUUUUCAAAUAAGGAUUCUUACAAGUGGUUGAAGAAAGCCACAGAGACCUCCACCAAAGUAGAUUCAGACGAGUUGAAGGAUGCUAAUGUGGGGACAACCAUUUUAUCUGAUGCACCAUCGAGCCUGAAAUAUGAUAAAAGUAAAGAUGCAGAAGAAUCAAAUCUAGAGGACAUGAAGGUUAAAGUCCAAGAUCCCACAGGCGAAGAUGUGAAACCCCCUCCACUGGCCGGUCCCAAUGUCAUGAACAUAAUUUUGGUUGCUGCAGAAUGUGCUCCUUGGUCUAAAACAGGUGGGCUUGGAGAUGUUGCUGGAGCUUUACCCAAGGCUUUGGCUCGACGUGGACACAGAGUCAUGGUCGUUGCACCUCGCUACGGUAACUAUGCUGAACCUCAAUAUUCAGGAGUUCGGAAAACAUAUAAAGUAGAUGGCCAGGAUAUGGAGGUGACGUACUUCCAAACCUACAUUGAUGGUGUGGAUUUUGUUUUCAUGGAUAGUCCCGUGUUUCGUCAUAGAGAAAAUGAUAUAUAUGGAGGGAACCGUAUGGAUAUUUUGAAGCGUAUGGUUUUGUUCUGCAAAGCUGCUGUUGAGGUUCCUUGGCAUGUUCCAUGUGGUGGGGUCUGCUAUGGAGAUGGAAAUUUAGUUUUCAUUGCAAAUGAUUGGCACACUGCUUUACUGCCAGUGUACCUUAAGGCAUAUUACCGUGACAAUGGAUUGAUGAAAUAUACGAGAUCCAUUCUUGUGAUUCAUAAUAUUGCGCACCAGGGCCGUGGUCCUGUGGAUGAUUUUUCCUACGUGGAUCUUCCGCCACACUACUUGGACCUUUUUAGGUUGUAUGAUCCAGUUGGAGGAGAGCACUUCAACAUCUUUGCAGCAGGCCUGAAGACGGCAGAUCGUGUACUCACAGUUAGUCGUGGAUAUUCUUGGGAGCUAAAAACCUCAGAAGGUGGCUGGGGUCUACAUGGGAUUAUAAAUGAGAAUGAGUGGAAAUUUCAUGGAAUCGUAAAUGGAAUAGAUACAAACGAUUGGAACCCUGAAUUAGAUAUUUACCUACAAUCUGAUGGGUAUGUUAACUACUCCCUUGAUACCCUACAGAAGGGCAAACCCCAGUGUAAGGAAGCAUUGCAGAAGGAGCUUGGUUUGCCUGUCCGAGCUGACGUCCCAUUAAUUGGUUUCAUCGGGAGACUCGAUCACCAAAAAGGUGUUGAUCUGAUAGCCGAAGCUGUUCCUUGGAUGAUGAGCCAGGAUGUACAGUUGGUCAUGUUGGGCACUGGUAGGCCCGAUCUCGAACAGAUGCUUAGGCAGUUUGAGGGCCAGUACAAUGACAGAGUUAGGGGGUGGGUCGGUUUUUCCGUGAAGACAGCUCACCGGAUAACUGCUGGUGUUGACAUACUUCUGAUGCCAUCAAGAUUUGAACCUUGUGGACUGAACCAGCUGUAUGCAAUGUGUUAUGGGACAAUUCCAGUCGUUCAUGCAGUUGGUGGACUAAGAGAUACAGUGCAGCCUUUCAACCCUUUUGAAGAAACGGGGCUUGGAUGGACUUUUGCAAGGGCUGAGACGAACGAACUGAUCAAUGCAUUAGGGAACUGCUUAUUGACUUAUCGACAGUACAAAAAGAGUUGGGAGGGUCUCCAGAGACGAGGAAUGACACAAGAUCUAAGUUGGGAUAAUGCUGCUCAAAAUUACGAGGAAGAACUUAUUGCUGCCAAGUACCAGUGGUAA